GCCCCAAAUUUCCCCUGCCGCCGCCGCACAAACUCUCCCCCAAUUUCCCCCGGCCCUCCUCCCUCUCACUCGAUCCAUUUCCCCAGCGAACAAGCAAUGUAAGAAAUUAAAUGGAAGGAGCAAUCCGCAAGCAUCGAUCGGUGGAGUUUGGAGUUUGGACGUCGGUGCCAAACAAGUUAUCCAAGGCGAUUCGAUUGGAGGGAUCCGACUACGAACGUUGGUGGUAUAUAUAUCGGUGGGAAGCACUUGAGGAGGUUUUGAUCCAUGAUGACAUACUAAGAAUCAAUGGCUGUAACUACCAACGGAACCUGGCAUGGCGGCAGAGUUAGGAAAUCCGGGAGCUAGCGAUGGAGCUUGCGUUCCCUGUUGCGUGGAAACUCGGUAAACAAAGAAGGAAGCGAAGAGAAACUGCGAGAGAGCGGAAAAUAAGAGGAAGGAAGAGUCGUAUGUAGAACUCGACGGCUUCAAUGGUGAUGCGGGAUGCCGUAACGGUACUGAAAGAGAUUGGAAUCGAGGUAAGAUCCAUGUUAUGCUAAGCUGGUUGGUUGUUGGUUGAUGUCGAUGAUGAUUAUUAAUCAUUAAGGAAUUGACGAUGGGUCAGACUUUCACCACCCAAAACUACAAGAUUUUGUGCGUGGAGCUAAAUCACAAUGGGUUAGAAUUAGUAACUUAGUUAUGGGGAUCAAAUAGGAGAAUUGCAUGACCUUGUUCGCUAUAUUAACUAAACAUGGGAGGAAUUUGGAUUUGACUGGAAGGGGUGAAUGUCCAGCUUAAUUAAAAGAUGGAUCAGGUGCCAAGGGUAUUUUGUUUGUCGUGUAUCAUUUCAUGAUGGAGGUUAAGGUUAGGUUACCUAAAGGCAAUUGAGAUGUCUAUGAACACGAUAAGCUUGGCAAUUCGAAUAACAAAGGUGUAUCAUGGGGCGUGUGCUACAGGAAGGAGGCACGAAGAAGUAUACGAAAUUCAUGGGGGUAUCCUCCUUUGAAAAGAAGGAGCUCGAGUUACGUUAAGGUGAGUGUAAAGGGGGUAAAUUCUACGCCUUACGUAUUCUUUUAAGUAUUAUGAUUUUGAGUAUUUUAGCGAAUUGGUUAUCGUUUCUUGGUUAUGUUUAUGGUUGCUUAUUUGUGCUUUGCUUGAGCUAUGAUUUGAAUUGAUUUUGUUCUAUUUACCUUAAAUCGUUAUGUUUGAGUUAUGGUUAAAGUUUAAGAAACAAGUUCUUUUUAAGAAGUAACUCACCUUCAAGAAGGUGAAGUCGUUUUAAGUGUUUUUAGUCACUAGCGCCAGUCCGUUGCCUUUUGAGACAUUUUGAGAUAGAGCAACAGUUAUGCUCUUGAGACUUUUAAGAUGAGCAGCAGUUAUUCUCUUGAGAAUCGUGGUGAAGAGCCACCACGAUAAGUUUAAGAUGUUAGAGGGAUGAAUCGUUACGACUCCCCUAACUAAGUUUAAGUUUAAGGAAAGCCUUGAUGGCUUCUCAUACGUAUGAGUUGGCAACCGGACUAGCUAGUGAGGGAUCCCCGUGUCAGUCAAGUAUUUAAGUCAAGAUUUGAGCUUUAAGAGAGGAGAGUAACUUCAACUCCCUCAAAGUUUAGGAGUUAAGAUUUCAAGAUUGGAAGUACAAAACAACUUCCACUCAGUUAAGUAAAGUGAUCAAGUAUUAAUAAGUUGUUAAACGUAAGGGCGUAGACUGACCCCAUCUCACUCACCAGUUCGAGGAGCUAGAGGAGCAGUUAGUGAGCAGCGAGUUCGAGGGCAGCCAGCUAGAGGAGAGCAGUAUAAGCGUCACGGAGGAUGCUUAGUCAAGGUUUUCAGUAGCAACAAAUUUAGAGAUUAUUAGUUAUUUACAUUUAUGAUUAUGAGUACAGACUGGAGAUCAUUUUGGAGAUUUUUAGUAUUGAAUUUGCCCACUUGUUAGGGCUUUUUUUUUAACUACAAGUGUAUGUUUUUAGUAUUUUAUUUAUGAAAAUUUUUCCCGCUGCAAUUUAAGAUUUGAGUAUUUUAUUUGUCAAGGACUUUUUAGUAAAAGUAGUACCCGGCCGGGUUAGGAUGUUUCAUUGUUGACAUCCCCAAUAGCCUGAACUUUGAGUUUAUCCCCACUAGCUACUAUUAAAGACAUAUCCGGAACCGAAUGAACUUUGGUUAACGCACACAAAAUCGAUUAGCCACGGGUUGUUGAAAGUUUUACCUGACCCUUGCAUAGUGGCAAAGGCUACACUGAUGGCGGUGGGUAAUGACCGUUGAAGUGCUGCAUUUACCAUCUCUUCGACAGCUACGGCGGAGAGACUAGAUCAGCUGCUUGCUUAAGCUCCACGUCCACCAGUAGCUUCUAUGGUGUACGUGGGACAUCCGCCAGGUCGUGGUCCACCAAAUUCCCUACUAGUGGGACGAUUAUUACCAUAAUUCUAUCUUGGCCCAGCACCAUAGUAGGGACGUGAACCAGCAGCAUGAGGAUCAAGAUAUGGGCCGCCAUUUCUUUGUGCAUUCCGCUUUCGUGAAAUACACUCCAAUACUAUAUGGCCCAUUCUUUUGCAGUAGACGCAAUAGUUGCGUUGACGACAAUGUUUCACAAGAUGUCCCCGCUCGUGACAAUGAUGACAAGGGUAGAAGUAGGGACCCGUUGUUGAAAUUGCGGCCUCUCCACAGCAUAGGCCGAUGGACGAGACCCUUAGCAGUCGUAGCAGCGGAGAUAAUUGCUUAUCCUUCUCCAGGUUGAAUAUCAAGCUGAACUGAGCUUCAGUACGAAGUCGUGUCUCUUCACGUACUAGUUGCCCCAACACACCAUCAAAAUUCAGGUUCUCUCGGUUCAGCAGAUUUGAUCGGAUUGACUCGAAUUUGGAAAGGAGGCACAUUAAAAAUUGAAGCAUCCGACCUUGUUGGCGUUCGGCGAUAGCAUCGGCAGACUCGACAGCUUGAGGGCGCAAUACAACUAAGACCAAAUCUUGCUCUGUUCAGAUUUCUUGAGCAGCAUUAAAGUAUUAAGUGACACUCUUCUCUCCUUGUUCCAAUCGCGCCAAAGCACAUUGGAUCUCAAAUUGACGGGAAGCAUUCACCGUCGAAUAGAGUGUGGAGAGGUGUCUCCACAUCCGAUUAACGGUGGGAAAUAGGCGAAAGCCGAGAUAUGUGGAUGCAUCAACAGACCCGAGCAUCCAUGUGCGGACUCUAUCAUCAUUUUGAUUCCAAGCAGCAAUCACUUGGUCAGUGGCGGUACCUUCUUGAGGUUUUGUACUAGUUCCAUUCAGUAUCUCGAGCAGGCCCUUUCCUUCCACAAAGAUGUGGAAUUGGAAUUCCCAUAGCACGGAAUUGGUUGAGGUGAGUCGCAUUAGUGAUCUCUCAGAUUCGAUUGGCUCUGAUACCAUGUUAACAAACUGAAUAGCUGAAUCAGAAUAGCAAAAACAGUAAAUGACACAGAUUUUAACGUGGUUUCCCGGAAAUCCCAGGACUAGUCCACGGAAGAGAACAAGCUCUUCAAGCACUCAAGUUCACUAUCUGAUUGUUGUGUUACAGAUGAGAGGUGGCCAAAAGAAGCUAUAUACACUAGGUUAGGGUUCUACAUAUCAUCUCCUAACCUUUCAUGGGCUUGCAUUGGAAAGGGCCCAAGUCCAACUAUACAAAUGUAUACUACAUCGUAUGGGCUGAAAAUAAAGUGAACCCCACUAUUCCGCUAACACCUCAAAGAGGUCUCCAAAUUCGCGUAGAAGACCGUGAAGUUUGGAGGGAACUCGUCAAAGCGGGUCUUCCAAAAAUGGGGGAAAGCAGAUUGUGCGGAGGUCGGGUUCCUCCUUUGCGAUGCCCUUGCGUGUCAUGGUGAGACCCCUGUGGUUGAUGAUGGACCGUAGCUUUUGGCAGUGUCCUUCCCAAUCAAAUUCCUUUUAUAUUGUAUUCUAAUUGCUCUGGACCGUGCCUUAAGUUUCCAGCCACUGAAUACCAAGGACAACAUCUAAGCUGGCGAGGUGAGGGGCGAAGAGAGUAACCGGGAAUUGGGUUCCCUUCAUAGUGAUGGGAACAUUUUCAUGUCUACCGCUACAUUUCAUCAGGUUGUUGCUCGCUACUUUGACGUUGAAAGAGGAAAUGGCAAAGAUGGGAAGGCGGAGUAUUUUCAGUCGUUUUGGUGUUGAUGAAGUUGUGGGUCAAUCUACUAUCAAUCAACACAAUAAGUUUACUUCGGCCCACCUGGGCCCAUACCUGUAGGGUCUUUCCUCUUGUCCGGCCCGUGAUGGCAUGGAAUGAAACCUCGACUUCAUCAAGAGUAUCUUCUCCUCUUCGUCCAGUAGCAUCAUCAAGCAUAGUUUGGCGCAAUAUAGGUGGGCAUGAAUUUCUCGUUGCAAUUGAAGUAGAGUCGUGCUUGGCGUCGAGAUGAAUCUCUUCAUACGGUAUAUGCCUGCCACCCAGCGGCGAUUGGGGUCGAUUGUGAGCAUGUGGUUCUACCUCGACAUCGAGCGGUCGUGUCGCGAAAAUGGAUUAGAACUUGGUCUAUGGUUUUGACCUGGGUGGAGUGGUAUAAUCCCCUGGUGAGUUGUAGGAGCUGCGAGGCGGACUUUAGUAAUGAGAAAGCUACUCAUCGUGGAUGCCGUCCAAGUUAAUUGCUUCCUUCACAGUCCGAGAGUUGAAGAUAUGGAAUCCAUUGGCUAUUUCAUAUUUCAAACCUCCCAUAAAAAGUGUCAACCCUG